GGCGAUGGGAGGACGACUUUUUUGAGCGCUGAACGUCUUCUCGGAAACCUCAAAACACGAGUUGAGCCACAACAAAGGCGGUGGCUUUAUAGAAACGGGGCGAAGAAACAUUCAGUGUGUUCGACUGUGAGGAAGCCAACAUGAAGUGCCCGCAAUAUGACGCAGCCAAAGCCAAGGGGAACAUGGAAAGAGGCUCCCCGGAGAAGCCCUUGGGCCUCCGUGGGAAAGAUUCCCCCAUCAAGGACCCCCUCGCUCUCAAGCCCCUUGCUGAGAAGGUGUCCACAGUGUUGUUCCACAACGACACCCUCGGAGCGGCCCGUGACAAAGAGAACCGAACCCUAAAGGCGCACGAGAGGACUUUCGACGAGGCGUUAAAUGACAGCGGCUACUUGUCCUUGUACAACAGUCAUAUAGACGAAGACGACAAUCACGGUCAGGGCAAAACCAAAAUCCCGCUGCCCCUGCUCCCUCCAUGUGUGACACCAAAACGGUCCAAUCUAUGUCAAGAGGGUACGGUUUUAGACUGCCUUGUGAGCCUGGGGGCUUCUUCCACGCCCGUGGACCACUGCUGGCAGAAACCACCCAUGUUUGCCUUGUCAUCCACCCCCGCUGAGCACCACCACAACCCCAACCUGCCCAUCAUCAAGUUCCAGCAAGCCGUGUGUCAAGAGCUCGCCAAGAGUUACAGCAAGAAUAAGAGGUACGACUGGAGUGUCAUCACGGAGUUGGCCAAGGAUCAUCUGCUGCACCAGGUGAUCGGCGGCGGCAUGGGCUGCGAGUUUGUGGACGUGUUCGCGUCUCUCCUGUCCAAGAACAUGAGAAGCAUCCUCGCCAACAUCCUGGCCCUUCUGGGAGACAUGGACCUCAUCAGUUGCAAGAAGGUGAGCAGGACGUGGAGGAAGAUCGUACGUGAAGAUAGCGCUGCGCUGAGAAGGUGCCGGCAAGCUGAAAAGACGCUUCAGGAGUCAUUAAGCUUCGUGAAGCUAAAGAGUUGCGGUCUGACGAGAGAUGUGGUCGCGUCCCGGGUGGUGAUGUCCUGCAUGCAGAAAGUGGCCUCUCCGCACCCUCCUCCGUCGCAGUCGUCGUCGUCGUCAUCCUCCUCUUUGGCGAGCGGCGGUGUCAACAGACGGUCUGCUGCUCCAACGCAGAAACGGAACGGCAAAUCUCACUUGCAGAGUUCUCGCUUCAACGAAUACUUGCAGGCCGCCAGCAACUUGAAGCAGGACGAGUCCCUGCGGCGGUGCAGGCAGUGCGGCUCGCCCGCGGCGCACUCUGCCGAGGCCCAGCGAGCCACGUGCACGCGGCCCAGCUGCAACUUCGUCUUCUGCACCCUCUGCCAGGAGGCUUUCCACGGCUCCGCCCCGUGCCGGAUGGCGCGCUGCCACACCCGCUUGCCCGCCUCGGGCAGCGCCUACUCCGUCCUUCCUGGCAGCGCGCUGAGCAAGAGGAAUGUACGGAGGUUGUGACUGGGAGGGUGCGGGUGUUUUGCCUUUUUCUGUAUUGUUGCCAAAGAGGUGGGAUUUCAAAGGGGCUGUUGCCGUGGGCUUCUAAAUGUUGAUUUAAAG